AUGCGGAAACAGUUUGUUCCUAAUCACUAUUACCGGGAGCUUCAUCAAUGGUUACAAAAUCUUUAUCAAGGCACUAGAAGCGUAGAGGAUUACUAUAAGGAGAUGAAGAUGCUUAUGAUUAGGGUGAACGUGGAAGAGGAUAGGGAAGCCAUUAAGGCUCGGUUUUUGAAGGAGUUGAAUAGGGACAUUGCCAAUGUAGUGGAAUUGCAAUAUUAUGUAGAGAUUGAAGACAUGCUACAUGUGGCCAUGAAGGUGGAAAAGCAAUUGAAGCGAAAGGGGACAGCAAGGUAUCAAGGUGGAUCUUCGGUUUCUAAUCCUUGGAAGUCGAGGUGGGAAAAUAAUAAAGGAGAUGGAGCCAAUGCAAGAGAAAGACCGGAGGUACCGAGAGAAAAGGAGGAAGGAGCUAGCAAGACUACACCAAAGGUAGAAUCCCAGCCAUCAAGGAAUCGGGACGUCAAGUGUUUUCGUUGCUUGGGAGUUGGACAUAUUGCUUCACAAUGUCCAAAUAAAAGAACCAUGAUUUUGCGAGACAGCGGGGAAGUGGAGAUCGAAAGUGAAGGUGAUUAUGAAGACAUGCUGGAGUUGGAGGACAUUGACGAGGAAAACACCACGGAGUAUGCAGUUGGAGAGUUGUUGGUCACGAGGCGAGCACUUAGCGCUCAAAUCAAGGCGGAUGACUUGGAGCAUCAGCGAGAAAAUAUAUUCCACACAUGGUGUCACGUCAACGAGAAGGCAUGCAGUGUAAUAAUUGAUGGUGGAAGUUGUGCAAACGUAGCUAGCACUAAUGUAGUGGAAAAAUUGGGAUUAACACUAUUAAAACAUCCUAGACCCUAUAGGUUGCAAUUAAAUGAAUGUGGGGAGGUUAAGGUGACAAAAAGGGUGUUGAUUAAUUUUUCCAUUGGGAAGUGUCAUGAUGAGGUGUUAUCUUAUCGAAGUAAUCCGGAGGAGACAAAGGAUCUUCAAAGCCAAGUGGAGGAGUUGAUGAGCAAGGGCUAUGUAAGGGAGAGCAUGAGUCCAUGUGCCGUACCCGUAUUCAAGGGCCUAGAAGAGCAUUUAGAACAUCUUAAAUGUGUACUUGUGGUUUUAAGAAAUGAACGACUUUAUGCUAAUUUCAAGAAGUGCACAUUUUGCAUGGAUAGAAUCAUAUUUCUAGGAUUUGUGGUGAGUGCUAAUGGGGUUGAAGUUGAUGAGGAAAAGAGCAUUGGGUUUCAAUGGGUUGUAGAACAAGAACAUGCAUUUAACACCAUCAAAGAAUGUUUAUGUAAAGCACCUAUUUUAGCACUUUCUAAUUGUGACAAAACUUUUGAGAUUGAGUGUGAUGCAUCAGAAAUAGGUAUUGGAGCAGCUUUGAUGCAGGAAAAGAGGCCGAUAGCAUACUUUAGCGAGAAACUAAGUAGGACGGCUCUUAACUAUCCUACUUAUGACAAGGAGCUUUAUUCUCUAUUUCGAGCCUUGGAGACAUGGCAACACUACCUAUGGCCAAAGGAGUUUGUUAUUCACACGGACCAAGAAUCAUUGAAACAUUUGCGGGUCAAGGGGGCUAUUGACAAGUUCUUUAAGCAUGAGGGGUAUUUGUUUCAAGAAAAUAAAUUAUGUGUUCCUAAUUGCUCAAUACGUGAAUUGUUGGUUAGGGAGGCACGUAGUGGGGGUUUAAUGGGUCACUUUGGGGUAGCAAAGACUUUAGACAUGUUAAAUGAAUACUUUUAUUGGCUUAAAAUGAAGAUUGACGUAGAACGAAUUUGUAGUCGUUGCAUAACUUGUAAAAAGGCUAAAUCAAAGGUUUUACCCCAUGGACUUUAUACACCUUUACCGGUACCUAGCGAACCUUGGGUUGACAUUUCAAUGGAUUUUGUAUUAGGUUUGCCUAGAACUAAAAACGGGCGUGAUUCAAUUUUUGUUGUAGUGGAUAGUUUUAGUAAAAUGGCACACUUUAUACUAUAUCACAAAAUUGAUGAUGCCACUAACAUUGCAGACUUGUUUUUCAAAGAAGUAGUGUGUUUGCAUGGUGUUCCCAAAAGUAUUGUGUCCAAUAGGGAUGUUAAGUUUCUUCGUCACUUUUGGCGGGUCUUGUGGAAUAAGUGA